CACACCAAACUCAAAUGCUCAUCUGAGCACAACCUCGGGGAGGUAAAGUGCCUGCAGCUGCCCCGCAGUCUCGAGGUUGAUGCCUGACUGGGCGACCGCGACGGGGUGACUGCCCGUAUCCCCCCCCGCAGGUAGCGCUAACCCACAAUGAUCGUCUGCGACGGCGGCGAACAAGCAAAGCCGGCAGCUCCCCGAACUUGGCUCCCUCGAUUUUGCUGUGGGUUGGCCGGUUUCGUGACUCAACCGGUCGGCGCUCCCCUCGUGAGUGGACCGAUGGACGAGACUGUCUGCGCAUCGCGGCCGAGCAUGGUGGAUCCCAUGGCGGGCAACCCCACCGGCCCGUGGUGCAGAAUGCCGCCAUGCUUCGAGUUUCUCGGCGAAGGUGGUGGGUUUGAGUGGCCCCGACUCCAGUUUGUCUUGUCCACAGUGGAGAAGUUGGGGAUGCUUGUGUGGUAGGGCUGGACCCGCAAUCGUAGGGCAUUCAAGAAGCUUGCCCGGAUCCAGAUGGCGUGAUUUCUCGCAUCAGGUGGACCGCGCAUCAAGGCAGCAGCAGCCAGAUCGGUUUACCAGAUCACCGGCACCACUGCUGUCG